CCCAAUUAUUAUUUUUCGAUCAAUUUAUAAAUUUAGUAUCAGCUAUUCAGUUAAUAGUCUUAACUAAUAAUUAAACUUUAACCUAACCAAAUACUAGUCUAUCAUGGGUUCUAUUAAAAAGAUUUUACCACCUCAACCACAUUAUUUGUCCGGAUACACUGGAUUUGUUCCGGGCUACAAAAGUUCCUGUGGUCAGAGUUAUGGAAAGUUAACUCACGAUUUGUUUUUCGACAAUACAGUUAAACGAUCCAAUGUACCAGUACUAAGUGACCUUACUAACGAAUAUGACAAUUCGAUUUGUACUCUUCAAGAAGAGGACUCCAUAAAUAAGCGAUGUGAAGACAAUUUAAAUUGCAAGUUUACUACUGAUAUAAUGCCAGGUUAUGCCGGAUAUGUACCUCAAUAUAUCUUCUUAUGCGGAAACAAGUAUACUGCGGACACAACUCGGGCAAUCAAUAAUUUUGUGAAAAUACUAAAGGCAUGUUCGUGUCCAGAAUGUGAACAGAAACUAGGACGUUCUGUGAAAAUUGAUAAGAAAAAUCUAGAUGUUGAGGCGAGUGUACCACAAAAUGUCAAUGAAUCAAUGAAACAUCCAUUAUUCAAAAAGGACUUGGAAGCUGAAAAAGCAUUUAAACAACAAUACAAACAAACUCCGCCGAUUCCACCUAACAAAAAAACUUAUUUUUUGGAGAACGGAAAUCCACACAAAAAAUGCAUGGCUGGUUAUGCAGGACAUGUACCAGGUUUAUUAUUUGAGUUUGGCCAGUCAAACACUCCUGCCACAAUAGACGCUCUGAACAAAUUCACAGACCUGUAUAUCAAACACAAAUUUUAACACAUUGACGGACACUUAUUCUAAAUUCCCAUAACGCUGUAUAUGGGAACGCACUUUUUUUUAUUAUUUAUAGUGAAAUGUAUAGCAAAAUAUAAAACCGAAAAUUUCGGAUCCUCUGACGUGUGAUCUCCAACCCCUCAAUUUGUAUAAUAUAAAUUGUAUGAUAGGAAUAAACAAACAGCAUAGUUCUAUAACACAAUAACAACAGCGUUAAAAUUAUUGAGAAAAUCUUAUCCUUUUUUCUGUUCACAUUAAUUAAUAAUCACAAUUGUGAACACAAAAAUGCAUUUUGUAAUUUCACAAAAUUAUUGAUUCCCCAAAUUUGCGUCCUCAGUAUAUCUAGUUCAAUAAUAGACAUAUUACAUUUUUGGCAUGAUAAUAUUUAAUAUUUAUUUUUUAUUAAAAAAAAAAAAAACAAAUAUUAAGAGGACUCUUUUUAAUGAAUAGAUAGUCAUUAUUAAUAUUGGAAAACAAUAGGCAUUUAUAUUAGGUAUUUUAAAAUAUGUAUGUAUACUUGUUUCCACAUAAGGAGAUAUAUUGAGCUACAUAAUUAUAACAUAAGUAUUUAGUAGUAUACCACUAAAGUAGAUAUAUAACGACGAGAUGGAGCAACAUACCAACAUGUUAACAAAGUGCCCAUAUAUUGUAAAUUGAACAUUUUUAACACUUCGCAGGUUUAUUUUGAGAUAGCCCUCUAGGCCUCUAGCUUUUAUAACUACAUAGGACCUAAUAUGUGUUUUCUGUACGGCUUUGUAAAUAAAUGUGUUAUCACAUGUUUUGUGGCGAGAGUAUAUAUAAUAUUACUGUCCAAACUUUGAUAAAAAUGUAUAUGUAUAUUAUGAGGUACCUACACAGAUAUAUUAUUAUGAUCACCUAA